CAGAGACAAAGAACGAUAGAGGGUGACUAGCACGCCUCAGUACGAACAUACCUGCUGUAGAAGAAAAUAUUACACGGAAUAACAGACAGGUUCUGUGGUUUUUCCUAUUCCUCUUUUUCCCUACAGCAAGAUGGGUUUAACCACGACUGAAGACUCCUCUCCAGUGAUCGGUGACUUAAGGAUUGUUCUGCUGGGGAAAACUGGCUCAGGAAAGAGUGCAACAGGGAAUACUAUCCUGGGUUACAAAGCUUUUGACGAAGGAAUAUCUCCAUCUUCUGUAACAAAGAUGUGUAAGAAAGUGGCUGGACGUUUUGAUGAAAGAACUGUGAGUGUUGUUGACACCCCUGGAAUCUUUGACACAUCAAUUAAAGAAGAGGAACUGAAAAAGGAAAUAGAAAAAUGUAUAAUGCUGUCUGUCCCAGGACCCCAUAUGUUCCUGCUAGUGAUCAGAUUGGAUGUGCGCUUCACAAAAGAAGAGAAGAGUUCUGUUAAAUGGAUCAAAGAAAACUUUGGGGAUGAAGCCUCAAAGUAUACAGCAGUGCUUUUCACAAGGGGUGAUCAGUUAAAAGAAACAUCCAUCGAAAACUACUUAGAGCAAAGUCGUGAUCUGAAGGAGCUCAUCGCUGAGUGUAAAGCUGGGUAUGUUGUAUUUGACAACACAUGCCAGAAAAAUCGCACUCAGGUAGUUGAUCUGUUUGAAAAGAUAGACCAGACAGUGCAAUUAAACGGGAACCAUUACACCAGCAGCAAAUACGAAGAGGCCCAGAAACAGAUGAAUCGGAACAAAUGGUGGCGCAAAUGUGGAGACAAAUUGAACUCUGCAGGUGAUUAUUUGCUUGUGGCAGGAGCGGCAGUAGCUGCUGCACCUGCAGUUGGUGCUGCUGUAAUGGCAGCAGCACCUGAAGUUGGUGCUGCUGUAAUGGCAGUAGCACCUGCAGUUGGUGCUGCUGUAAUGGCAGAGAAAGCAGCAGUCGCAUCCGUUCGGCCUCUAUUAAUGCUUGUAGGAGCAGGGAUUGUUAAAGGCAUUGGGGGCUGGAUCAGACCUAAAACAGAGAACAGCUAAGUAUUACCAAGCCACGACCUUUAUGAAGUCUCUUUAUGAAGAAGAGGCUUUUGUAUACAAGGACAAAUUCAUGCUUGAUAUUAUACCUGCUGUUUUAAACUUUAUGAAGAUCAUCAGGUUUGGUGUACGGUUUAUUUCAUAAUGCUUUUUUUUAUUAUGCAAUAGUUUGUUUCCAUAGAUAAUCAAAAAAAGAGAAUAUUUAUUGAAAACAUAUAGUUAUGUAGAGGUGAAGCAAAAAGAAAAUGAUUCAACAUCUCUUAAUCAUAUUUUAAUCUGCGUUGUCACUACUCUCUCAUCGUUGUAUUGUAUUACAACAUUUACAG